CUCCCGUGACGUGUGCAAAGGAAGCUAUGACGAUAAAGAGCUAGUUGCCUUUGAAUAAUGUUGAUAUUAUCAAAUGAAUAUCUUCCGGUUUUUUGCCGGUAAAACACCCCGGGAAGUCAGGAACUUUUGUCGUCAUCCAAACGGCUAGUCGUUGAAAGACUACAAAAAAGAUGGAUGUUUAACCUGUCAACCAUUCUUUAAGAUCGACAAGAAAAACAAUCUGAUGAAAUUUAAUUGCAACGUAUACUCCGUCAUGGAAGACAAGGCAAAUGGUUCUGUUGACACCAAAAGCCCAGCGGAGAAUGGCCAGCUUCCAGAUCCAGCCAAUUGGGCGGUUGCUGACGUCGUCAAUUACUUUAAAGCAACAGGGUUCGAAGAGCAAGCCGCAGCGUUCCAAGAUCAGGAAAUCGAUGGCAAGUCACUGCUGCUGAUGACACGUAAUGACGUGUUGACGGGCCUGUCAAUAAAGCUGGGCCCGGCGCUGAAGAUCUACGAGUAUCACGUGAAGCCCCUGCAAACCCAACACCUAAAGAGCAACGCCUGUUAGCACGUCAUCAGGCGCUCGCUGCUCCCUGCCUCAGUGACAAUCGACAACUCUCGACCAGGUGUCCAUUGGUGGAGACUUCUCUGGCCGCAUGGCACCUUAAAACAGGAUCAGUUUGAAUAUGUUUUCGGAAGCGUGGACCCCAAUCCUGGGUCGCACAUUAAGGGUCUAAUGAGCUGUUUACCUUUUUAGCUGUUCUUAUUUCUGCUGCUUCAGUUUUGUAUUUUAUUUUUUAUUCUUCGUGUUUUAUUUAAGACAAGAAAUGUUGUUCAGGGUGGUAUUCCAGAAGUGGGAUUUGUGUGUGUGGAAUGUGUUAUAUAUUUGUGUGCGUGUCAUGAACCAGUGAUGGUUUUAAAAUUUGUAUUUGUACAUAAGAUGUUAUAUGAUUGAAAACACCAGAACACUUUGACUGUUGAAUUUGCCCUAAAAAAGUAAUAUGUGUAUGCCCUAAACUGCGCAGCUGAGUCCAUACUUCGCCACUUGGCUGGAAAUAUGAAGUAUUAUAUUUUUCCCAGAUACAGCAAGCCAAACUCAAAAGGUCUUGCUUGGUUCUUUGGAAAUAGAAAUGUGUGUGUAAUUAUGAUGUCCCUCCUACCUGUGGUGCUUCAACUUGGUUGCAAAGACAACUAAUCAGGUGUGUGUGUGUAUUUGUCCUUGUGCAACAUUGGAGUUUGACUAUUUCAAUCAAAGACUUGCAAUAAACGGUGCUCUUUUCUCACCAAAGAAUGA